CUCUGCAGGUGGAAGAAUCUGAGGCCUUUAUCCUCUGCCCAGCUUUGCAGAUCGGGUAGCCUCUGAUUUCAGACGUCUCAUCAUUUCCACCUGCCAACCUGUCUGAUAUGUCGGGACCCGUGCCGAGCAGGGCCAGAGUUUACACGGAUGUGAACACACACAGACCCCGGGAGUACUGGGACUAUGAGUCGCAUGUUGUCGAGUGGGGAAAUCAAGAUGACUACCAGCUAGUUCGAAAAUUAGGCCGAGGCAAAUACAGUGAAGUAUUUGAAGCCAUCAACAUUACAAAUAAUGAAAAAGUAGUUGUUAAAAUUCUCAAGCCUGUUAAAAAGAAGAAAAUCAAGCGUGAAAUCAAGAUCUUGGAGAACUUGCGAGGCGGCCCCAAUAUCAUCACUCUUGCAGAUAUAGUAAAAGAUCCCGUGUCUCGGACACCUGCUUUGGUUUUUGAACACGUAAACAACACAGACUUCAAGCAAUUAUACCAGACAUUAACAGAUUAUGAUAUUCGAUUCUACAUGUAUGAGAUUUUGAAGGCUCUAGAUUACUGCCAUAGCAUGGGAAUCAUGCACAGAGAUGUCAAACCUCACAACGUCAUGAUCGACCAUGAGCACAGAAAGCUUAGACUAAUAGACUGGGGUUUGGCUGAAUUCUAUCACCCUGGCCAAGAGUACAAUGUCAGAGUGGCUUCCAGAUAUUUCAAAGGACCUGAACUUCUCGUAGAUUAUCAGAUGUAUGAUUACAGCCUGGACAUGUGGAGCUUGGGUUGCAUGUUGGCUAGUAUGAUAUUCCGAAAGGAGCCAUUUUUCCAUGGCCAUGACAACUAUGAUCAGCUGGUGAGGAUAGCCAAGGUGCUGGGAACAGAAGAUCUGUAUGACUACAUUGACAAAUACAACAUUGAACUGGAUCCACGUUUCAAUGACAUCUUGGGCAGACACUCCCGUAAGCGAUGGGAGCGCUUUGUUCACAGUGAGAACCAACACCUGGUGAGUCCAGAAGCUCUGGAUUUCUUAGACAAGCUGUUGCGAUACGAUCAUCAGUCGCGACUCACAGCGAGAGAAGCCAUGGAACACCCCUACUUCUAUCCCAUCGUGAAAGACCAAGCUCGGAUGGGCUCGUCCAACAUGCCGGGUGGCAGCACUCCUGUCAGCAGUGCGAGUAUGAUGUCAGGGAUUUCUUCAGUGCCAACACCUUCGCC